GGCGUGUUCAUGGCCCGGCUGGGUCGGGUCGGGCCGCUGUUCGCCUUUUGUUCCGUGGGAGGCGAGAGAGCGAGGCGCGGUGCCCGAGGCGGGAAGGCCGAGGCCAGGCCAGCGGGGACCAUGUCGUACAUCCCCGGUCAGCCGGUCACGGCCGUGGUGCAAAGGGUUGAAAUCCACAAGCUCCGCCAGGGAGAAAACCUGAUCCUGGGCUUCAGCAUUGGAGGAGGCAUUGACCAGGACCCCACGCAGAAUCCCUUCUCGGAGGACAAGACGGACAAGGGCAUUUAUGUGACCAGAGUGACGGAGGGUGGCCCCGCCGAAGUGGCCGGCCUCCAGGUCGGAGACAAGAUCAUGCAGGUGAAUGGCUGGGAUAUGACGAUGGUGACCCACGACCAAGCCCGGAAGAGGCUGACCAAGAGGAACGAGGAAGUGGUCCGCCUCCUGGUGACCAGGCACUCCCUACAGAAAGCUGUGCGGGAGUCCAUGAUGUCCUAACCAUGCCGUUGAGUUGUCGGGGGGGGGGGGGAAGAGGAUGGAUAAUCUCAAACAGGGUGGGCAGGAUGCUGAUCAUGGACCACAGCCAGCUGGGCUUGGAAGACUGCUGCACCCCUCCCCCACUGCAGAAAAUCCCUUCCACAAAGGAGGUGCCAUCAUUGUUGAGACUCACCCCCCUCUCAGUUGUACUAAAAUGGCACCAGUGUGCAGUAGCAGUUUGACCUGGCGGGAUCAGCAGCUAUGGCUGGCGUGAGGAUCCUCUGUUCCCUGCCUCCCCAGGUGUUGUUGGACUGAUCCCUCAGCUGAGCUGGCUGAGGCUGCUGGGAGUUGGAGUCUAGCAACAUUUGGAGGGCUCCUGGUUCCCCACUCCAGUCCAGCAGGGGUCAAAGUGAGGUGCUCCCUUGGGUGGCGACAUUGGUACCAGCCGUGCAGGGAAAUAUUUUGGCUUAAGGACCGACCCUUGUAUAUAACCAGCCGUGACCUUCUCUUGCACAAAUGGACGGCAUCCAGCUUCUGGUGAAUUUCUCUUCCUAAUGCUGGCUCAGUUCCAAGCCUAGAGAGCCUUCGUCAAUCAGCCAGGGGGAAGGUGUGGGGUGGGGGUUGGGCGGGACAGGGGACAGUUUUACAAGCUCCAAUAUCUUAGCUCCUUUAUAGAGUUUCCUCUAACAUAAAAUGUGCCCCGGGAAACUCUUUGUGGCUUAAACACCAAAGGCUCUUAAAACUUGUCAUUUUGCAGAAAGCCCACAUUUCAAUUUUUAUAGCAAAGGCAUUUUUGUAAAUAACCAUGUUCCCUCUGUGUCCUCAUUCUAGUUCUAAAGCUUAGGUUUAAGAUACCGUGUUUCUCAUAUUAUAAGACACGUCUUAUAUUUAUUUUUUCCUCAAAAAAACACACCAUGGCUUAUUUUCAAGGGAUGUCUUAUUUUUUUGUUAAGCUUUUUAAUUUUUUACCGGUAUUAAGCUUUCAGAGAGUUUUGCUGGGUCGGGACUCGGCGCUGCAUGCACUGCUGUCUUUGCCGGCUCCCGCUCAGUCGGGACUUGGCGCUGUGACAUCAGCGAGGCUGUGAGGGCGGUACUGUCACCUGGGCAGCCCGGGAUCUCCAUACACGCGGCCCAGGGUUGCACCUUGGAGGUCCCGACGGUUCUGCUACCCCAGCAGUUUGACUUCGCCCCUGGAGGCGCACUCAAAAACCCACUCAAGACAUUAAAAGCAGCAGCAGCUGGAGGGGCUUUGUCCAGCCACUACUCUUAAAACUCACAGGGCAGCGUUUGUGCUGCCUUGAGCUGUCAUUGCAAUAAAUCGCGCUAAACCAGAACGGGGUGCCUAUCUCGGGGUGGCUUUCUCCUCCUCCCAGGCUCCCACCUUCGCAUCUCCUUCGGCGCUGUUGCUUUUUGCACGCAAACCAAGCUCCGCAGUGCUGGGUGCGGACGGACUCAACAGCAGAGCCAACAAACCAGCACCAGAGCUUCAAGCCGGUGCUCUCUCUAUGGCGCAAGCAUAGAGGCUGCUGCCCCAUCGGAGCCUAGAGCGGAUUGGUCAAACUCCGCUUCCGGAUUGCGUUUCCUUAGAAACCCGAGGCGCGGCGACCCGGAAACGCUUGCGGGGCCAGUUCUGGGUCGCCGCGCCAUGGCUGUGCUGGGAGCGUCGGGGUGCCUGCGGGGCGGGGGGGGGGUCGCCGUGGCUUCGCUGCUCCUGAGGCAGCACCCGCAGGGACGCCGCGCCGCGUGGGGAUGGCGGAGCCUCCCGCUGGACCCGGCAAAGACAGCAGCGUGCGCUGCGCCGAGCCCUGACUCAGCGGGACCCGGGAGAGACAGCAGCGCUCGGCGAGGCGAGAUCUGCUCCCACCACUAAUACGGUACCCCAGCAUGUCUUAUUUUGGGGGGAUGCCUUAUAUUUUAUUGCCUCCAGAAAAUCGUGCCAUGGCUUAUUUUAUAGGCACGUCUUAAAAUGUGAGAAACACGGUAACAAAUACAGCCCACAGGAGAGAGAGAGACCAAGCCUACUCUUGAAACUUGGGGUUAAGCUGAAACCUUCUUGUUGUGCCCAAAAGCGCCAUGUGCGAGUCCCCUUUCAACCUGUACGUGGCAAAUUAGUGGCACCCUGGACUGGAAGUGCUGAACUGCAAAAUGAUGAUAAAUAACUCUAGCAUAAAAGGCCUAUAUUGUUAUAAUACAUGUAUAGGGGUGGCUCACCUGUGGCCCCCUGGAUAUCACUGGACUCCAGCUCCCAUCAUCCCUGACUCUUGGCUAUGCUGGCUGAAGGCAGCUGGGAGUUCAACCCCUCUGGAUGCCACCCGUCUUGUAAUUGGAAACCUCCCCGAUUCUCUUCCCUGUUUAUCUCUGUUGAGGUCAGGGAGCCUGUUGCGUUCCAACACCCAUCAGCCCUGCUCCAAGGGACUGGGGGGUCAUAAAAGCUGGGGGUCCCCCAAAAGGCCUGGAAGGUCACAGGUCCCCACUGUCACACUAGGUCUUUUUCUGGGGCUGAAGCCUUAAAUCAUGCUUUGGGAGGGCUAUUGCUCCCCCAGAAUUCCUGUCUUCCCAUACCUGCUUGAGGCAAUAGCUGCAUGUGUGAAGUUUGUCCAAAGGGCAAGCGGUCUGGAUCUUUUAGAGGGCAGAAGGCAUCUCCCUGCCACACCGUUCCUGCGGGGUAUCCUAGUACACCCAUUUUGAUUGAUUUUGUAUACGGCCUUUCUGGAAUUUGCUUCCAAUCACAGUUUUUGUAUUAAAUGUAACGGUCCACAUUACUUUUUUUUAAAAAAUCCACUGUAAAUAAGCCCUUCUUUCUCCCUCCCUGCAAAGUUUGUACCUCUAACUUAUUUCAGUAUAUUACUGCUAUUCCACUUUUGUGCUGAUUUUACUUCAGUGAUGUUAACCUUCAAGCUGAAAAGAAGUUGCCAGUCUUGUCAAAUACCACUAGAUGCCUCUUAAUCACUUCAUUUUGUACUUUGAUGAUGCCAAGGUAGUUUAGGGACUUUCUCUCUUUUGGCAGACUUCCGUGAGGAAGCCUUGGCGGGGUGGGGUGGGGCAUGCAUGUUCAACUGUUUCGUUUUUUUGUAAGGGUGGGGAGCAAGCAACCGUACAGCUCUGCUCCAUCUCAUUUUACACAAUAAAAGGAAACUGGAUUUUC